GAGGGGGAAUAUACAAUUAGCAAGGUUAAAGAAAUGGCAAAUGGAUAGAGUUUGAAUUAUAAAUUUCUUAAUAUUCAUAAAUUACACAUAAUGGUUUAUAUUAAGAUGGUAAGAAAGUUAAUUAAUGGGAUAUUUACUAUAGAAAAGAUGAGGAUCAACCAUUUGAACUGAUGUACUCAUAUUAUGUAUAAAUUAUUUAGAGGGAGCAGAUUAUAUGAUGAAGCAGGUAACAUGAAGAUUGGAAAAUGGAACGAAAUAAGUUUAAGGCAUGAUAAUAUGUCUUAAGUGAUGUAUUAAGGUGAAUAUUCUAAUUAUAGGUAGGUUGCUAAAUGGGAUAUUUUAUAUCGAAAAGAUGAACAGAUAGCAUAUAAACAAUUGUAUUUCUUUCAAUUAAAUUGUUUAGAAGAGGUGGAUUAUAUGAUGAAGAAGGUUCUAACAAAAUUGGAUAUUAAACUGAAUUGAGCGACGAAUUUAUUUAUGAGUCAUAAAUAGUUUUUUAUGAUGAAUAUUAAAACGGGAAAAAAGUUAGUAAAUGGAUUAUUAGAGAAGAAGGAGAUUAUUUGUAACAUUAUCUAAUUGAUAAAAAUAUUAUAGUUGUGGAGAAACAUAUAAUUAAGUAGGUUUAAUUAAGGUUGGAAAGUGGAUUGAAUUGAAAGAUGGAUUUGAUCGAUGGUUUCAAGCUAUUUACUAUGGCGAGUAUAAAGAUGGUAACUAAGAAGGUAUUUUGGAUAUCUUUUUGGGGAAGCCUCUAAAGCAAUAAUUUGAAUUUAAGUAAUUAUCAUCAAAAAAUAUUAUAGUGGUAGCUGAUCAUAUGAUAAAGAGUGUUUAAUUAAAAUUGGAAGGUGGAAAGAGCUAAGUGAAAGAUUCAAGGAUAAUUCUUAAGUCACGUAUUAUGGUUAUUAUAACAGUGGUAAAAAAUUUAGAAGAUGGGACAUCAUGUAUGAGGAAACCUAUUUAUAAAUAGUACGAAGUAGCCUAAUUUUUAGUGGUAGAGGAUAAUUUGAUGAAGAUUGAUUAAAGAUUGGAAUAUAGAUAGGCUUUUCAAAUUAUUCAUAAAUCACUUAUAAUGGUAAGUAUUAAAAAGGGAAAAGGAUGGUAAAAUGGGAUAUAUCAAAUGAUGAAGUAGGUACAACAAAUAUUGGUAUGUGGAUUGAGGAGUGCGAUAGUUUUAAUGAAUAUACUUAAGUUACUUAUAAUGGUGAAUAUAAAAAUUGCAGAAAGGUUGGCAGAUGGGAUAUUUUGUACAGAAAGCAAUAUUGUUAGAAAAAAAAUACCAGUGGUGGUGGAUUAUAUAAUCAGGAAGAUUCACUUAAGACAAGUCUGUGGAUUAAAUUGAGCAAUUAUUUUAGUAAGGAAUAGUAGUUUAUUAAUCAUGAUGAAUUGAAAAAGAGGAAGUAAAAAAGUUAAUAGGCAGAAAUGGAUUAGCUAUCAAACAAAAUAAGAGAUUAAAUUCAAUAAGAUAAUAGAACAAUUCAUCAUUAUAACAAUAAUUAUCUUAGCUAUAAAAUUAUUCUUAAGUGUUUUUUUUGUUUUAGACCUUAAAUAAUAAAACAUCAUCUUUUUUUUGAAUACUAGUGAAAUGAAGCUAAUUAUUUUAAUAUUUAUCUGCUUUUUCAAAAUUAAUCCUAAAUUUACUUUUUUGAUUAUCUCAUACAUGUUUUAAAUUUUNUGAAUAUUCUAAUUAUAGGUAGGUUGCUAAAUGGGAUAUUUUAUAUCGAAAAGAUGAACAGAUAGCAUAUAAACAAUUGUAUUUCUUUCAAUUAAAUUGUUUAGAAGAGGUGGAUUAUAUGAUGAAGAAGGUUCUAACAAAAUUGGAUAUUAAACUGAAUUGAGCGACGAAUUUAUUUAUGAGUCAUAAAUAGUUUUUUAUGAUGAAUAUUAAAAAGGGAAAAAAGUUAGUAAAUGGAUUAUUAGAGAAGAAGGAGAUUAUUUGUAACAUUAUCUAAUUGAUAAAAAUAUUAUAGUUGUGGAGAAACAUAUAAUUAAGUAGGUUUAAUUAAGGUUGGAAAGUGGAUUGAAUUGA